AGCACGUGCCCUGCCCGGCUGACGCGCUUAGCCUCCCUCUCCGUGGGCACAACCGGCCUCACUUUGUCGGUCAUUCUUCCUGCAGCCUCAGAUAACAUUCCAAAUCUCGUCCUAUGAAAGGGAUAAUUAAACAACCAGGCUUGACCAAACUAAAUAAAUGAAGCCGAAUGCUGGCUUCCCUAAGAAUAACUGCUGAACUGACUUGUACGUUCAGGGCUUUUUCUAGGAGAAAAGACAGGGCGCCGCACUGACAUUUAUGUCCUCCUCCUUAAGGCAGAGCUUAAGCAGAGGCUGCCGCGAGUUCCCUCAGCACCAGCUUUUAUUAUUAUCACAGGUAUUUAACAUUUUAAUUAACGACGUUGGCACAGCGAGUAGGAAGGCACCCUCGGCACGAGCCAGAGGCACGGCAAGCGUAACGACAGCGCAGCGACAAAGCGCCUCACGGCCGCCUCCUGCUGGGAGCACGGACAGGGGCGGGGCCGGGACCCCUCUAAGAUGGCGGCGCCGCGCCCACGUGGUGUGCGCUGAGGCGAGGCGGCGGGGGAGCGGCCGGCGACAUGGCGGCGGUGGAGGGCGUGGAGGGGGGCGAGAGGGAAGACGAGGACGAAGUGGAGGAGCAGCUGGUGAUGGUGGAGCUCUCAGGAAUUAUUGAUUCAGACUUCUUAGAAAAAUGCGAAAACAAAUGCAAGAUUUUGGGAAUAGAGACAGAGAGACCCAUUUUGCAAGUGGACAGAUAUGUCUUUGCAGGAGAUUAUGAAGAUGCCCUGGGAACCUGCGUGUUUUUUGAGGAAAACACAGAGCAUGUAGAUGCUGAAGGCAACCAAAAACUACAGCUGAAGUACAAGUGCCAUACGAUGAAGAAGUUGAACAUGACACGGACGCUUUUGACGGAGAAGAAGGAAGGAGAAGAGAGCAUUGGUGGUGUGGAGUGGUUACAGAUCAAGGACAGAGACUUUUCCUACAGCAGGCCGAAUACGAUUUGUAGCUUUCUGCACGAACAGGAAGAUUCUGAGGAGUCAGCUCAGGCUCGAGAUAAAUUAACUGAGGAGGCAGAGGGGGAGCUGAGCGACAGAGGAAAUUCUGACAUGAACUGUGAUCUGCAGAAGCCGCAUGGCUUGGAAGCAGAUGCUGCUUCUGUCCCUCUGCCUGACAGCUCUGCUUCUGAGGCAGAGGAUUCUCCUUCUGGAAGCGCUGCCUUAGAUGAUGCUGCACCUCCCUGAUACCAGUUCUUGUCUCUUCAGAAUCUCUUCAUUGAAUUAAUGGGCCAAUGACACGUUUUUUAUUUUACCUGAGCAGUUUGUAGAGGGAAAAGCUGGCGUUGUGUUCUUAUGCAUUCCUUUCGUGUUUGGAUUGUGCAGGGGAGAUGUUUAGUGGUUUUUGAAUUCGUUUUUGAUGCUGUUUAGUGUUUUUAUUUGUUUUCUGACGCUGAUUGGAAAUGUGUGCAUCUCUACCUCAAAACUGAAGAAAUAAAAACCUACCUUUGAAAAAUAUGGAUGUGUUGUAUAUCUUGGAAAAAAAAAAAA